CUUGCUCCAAGCAAUAUAUUCAUUUUUACAGACGGGCAAAGCUCUAGCGUGAGGUUUCAGCAAGUGCUUAAGCGUUUUGAAAACCUGAAAGUAGCUCGAUAAACAACAAUUCAAAUUUAAGACGACGGAGGAGUGAUACAUACAGAAAUGGCGUUAGUAUUAAUGUGUGGACAGCCAUGCAGUGGUAAAUCAACGGCUGCUCAAUAUUUGAGCGGAGCACUUCAAUCUCAAUCAUUCAAUGUUCGUGUUAUCGAUGAGUCCUCGCUGCAUGUCGACCGUAAUCAAGGUUAUGCUGAUAUGCCUUCCGAGAAGAACUUGCGUGGUGUAUUGAGAUCUGAGGUGGACAGAUCCGUUUCAAAAGACAGCAUAAUUAUUGUAGAUUCAUUAAACAACAUUAAGGGAUACAGAUACGAGCUGUGGUGUUUGGCUAGAGCUGCUGGGACAAGAUAUUGUGUGUUGUAUUGUGAUGUAGAGGAGAGCUAUUGCAAAACGUGGAAUAAUGCACGCCGAGAGAAAGGAGAAUCUGCAUAUAGUGAUAAAAUAUUUGAUGACCUAGUAAGAAGGUUUGAGAAACCAGAUAGACGGAACCGUUGGGAUUCUCCUCUUUUCGAGUUAAAGCCAGCUGAAGAACAAACAAAUGAGUUUUCUUCAGCCAUAUUGGAUGCACUAUCUUUCUUGACAAAAAAGAUUGAUUCAAAAUCCGGAGAUGUGCGUUUACUUCAACCUACCAUUGCUACACAAACGGUGCGAGCUUCUGAGACCAACUCACUUUAUGAGUUAGAUCGUGCAACACAGGAUGUCAUCAAUAUCCUUAUUGAUGGGCAGGCACAAGGAUAUGGAGGUGCUCUCAAUGGUAUUAAUCUUGGUGAAGGGUUGCCAACAAUUAAUAUUCAGAGAACGGUUGGGCUACCUGAGCUGCGCCGCCUUCGCAGAACAUUUGUAAAACUUACAGGGCAGACUAGUUUGAGUGGUCCUCCUCCUCCCAUAGAUGCUCAAAGUGCAAAAAGAAUGUUUGCAGAUUAUUUGAACCAAGAACUGGGCACUACAUAAGCUUCAAAAUCUCUGUUCAUCUGUUGGCCUUGACAAUUGCAGAGUUCAAGAGCAAUGGUAGUUUGUUCUGCAGGUAAUUCAUGGAUUCACUUCCCGUACUUAUUUUGGCCUGGGUGAUGUUUCAUUUUCAAUUUACAGAGUGUUUUGGUUCAUAUGUGGACUUAUCUAUUGAGGAAUUUGUAUCUAAAGAUAUGUAAGAAGCAUUCUCUACCUUCUGCUUUGCAGUGCCAUGACUGCUCACCUUUAAGUGCAUGGGGUAUUUUAUAAGAUUAAUUGAGUAUUGUUUCCACAACUAAAUUAUAUUUAUAUUCUUCUUUGUAAUGUGAUUUGUGGUCCUGUAUCAAUAUAAUGAGAUUGGGAAUUCGAUAGCCUUUUUCAACUUAAUGCAUGUCCAGUGAGACAAUCUUGUGACAUGCCUCCUAUGUCUAAUUCCUUGUUCCAUUCCUACAGGCCGUAUGUAAUGAUAUUAAUUAUGAGUGUAAAGACCUAAUCACCAUUAAAUCCUUUUGCUGGAAGUGUAUUCUUCCUGAAAUGUUAAUUUAAUAAUUUCUUAUAUUGUCAACUA